AUGGUAUAUGUAGCUUCACCUACUAACUACCCUGACUUCUUGGUCCAUAGUAAUUUGACAGUCAUGCCAGUCUCUCACCUUACCCUCACCGUCUCCCACCUCCCGACCUCUACAUCUUUCUUCCUCUCCUGCCUCCAGCCACUGGGCUACCAGUUCAUCGGUCGACACGAGGCCUACAUUGGGUUCGGACAGAAACAAGGCAAACCCGCGGACUUUUGGAUCACGGAACAGAAACCAGGGUGUGUAUGCUCUUUCCUUCAGACUAAGCAGAAUUUGGUUGACGUCUGUUGUGGCUUGCAUAGUUUCCCCGCCAGUGCCAUCCAUGUCGCCUUUCCCGCGCCGUCCAAGGACGCGGUGAGCGCGUUCUUCGUCUGUGCUCUCAAGGCCGGCGGGAAGAUCCACGGCGAGCCAAAGGUCCGCGAUGCGCAGUCCGGGUAUUAUAGUGCUGCCGUUAUUGAUUUUGAUGGAAAUAGCGUUGAGGCCGUUUAUCACCCUGAGGGAGAGAACAGAUCUAUAGCCCCCAAGACUAGCAGCAACAGCGAAACCAGCACGGCAAGGGCGGCGUCCGAGGCACCUACCACUGUCAUACCUGCUUCGUCGUAUAUCGUGCAAAACACCACCUCAGACGAUGGUAGCAAAGCGGCUAAGACGAUUGUUGGCACGAUCAUUGGCGCUGCCGCGGGUGCGGCAAUUGCAUAUGCCAUGAUGAGAGGGGACUCGCAGUCUUCUAAAGAAAGCAAGAAUCCUCCUCCACAGGGUAGGGAGUACCCUGCAAUCAUGCCACCUCCUUCUUCAACACAAUACGAGGAACGGCCACAUCCAUAUGACAUGCAACCGAUGUUUCGGGCCCUGGAAGCACCUCCGUCCCGGAGCAUCUACUCAUCACCCCGUACACACUCAUCCCACGCCCACAGCGCCUCUUCGAAGAACCCACGCGCAAGCACAAUCUACGACGUCACAGAGCAUUUCCAUCGCACAGAUGAUCACCGUCGCGCCUCCGAGGGAAGCAUCUUUUCCAUUCCCGAAGACCUACCUCUCCGCGCAAUCGAGUACCCACCCUGUCAGACCUCGCCGCACCGCCGGAGUUCACAUCCAUGCAAUUCAAGCACUAUUAUCACGAGCUAUGCUACUGAUAAGCCGCGCCGAGAGGACGAUGGCAGGACCUCGCAUUCUGCGUCCACGAUCAAAGCGUCUAGUCGCCACGGACGAAGUCAUACCUCUUCCCGCGCUGGGUCUUCGACUUCUGCGAAGACGGCGCGCAAUAUUCCCCUUCCGGAGUCGUCGUGUUCUGCGUGUUCCAGCGCACCUAAAUCAUAUGUCUCUGCACGUGCGGUACCGCUUCCCGAAAGUGUGCUAGAGCUUGAUCUGGACUCGAUUGUUAAGCCAGAGGACUCGAUUAGCCAGGUUGGGGGCAGUGGGCGCAGACCUUCGCGUUCAAAUUCGCAUGCACACUCCCGUUCGCAUUCGGGGUCACGACAUUCAACGCAUUCCAAGGAAUCGCGUGCUUCGAAACGGAGUGUUAAGGGCAGCUCUCGAGAAGGAGGGAGUAAGGCUGCAUCUAGGACGAGUAGCCGGCGUGGCAGCCGGGCUAUUUAG